AUGUCAGUGCCAAAGGUAUUCAAGGGCCGUGAGAUUGAGAUGACCCAAGACCAAUUUGCUUCCGAAAAAGCGUCGUUCGCAGUCACACAGGAUGAAGACGAAGAGGAUAUACCCUUCAUAAAGUCUGAUAUCACCAGCUCCGGGGGCGUGAGGUCUUUCGAUACAUCCGAGGGCAAGCGUAAGCGCGGCCGACCAAGCAAAAACUCAUGUCUCGGUGCCAAAAGACUCAAGCAACCCAUCUUUUACACUCAUGUUGAGGCUCCUGAGGACCCCAACCCGUCAGAUAUGGAACCCGUCAAGGAUGAGUCGUCGACUGAAGAUGGAGCUCUUCGCUCUAGCCCUGAGACUUUCGCCCAGAAAAAUCGCAAAAACGGCAAGAUGCAGAAAUCUACUCAAGCAGUGGUAUUAAGUCUGGAAACUGCCCCAGUUGCCUCGAUGGGCCCUGAUAUCCCGCAGUCCCGCGACUUUCGUUCUAGCCCGGAGACCAAAGAGAACAAUGAUUCUUCUAGCGAGGAUGAAAACGAUCUAUCUGUCCUCUGCUGA